AGUUGGGGCUGGUGUCAGCUGAUUUACUGCAGUGGCGGCGGUGGCGGCCGUGGUACCGGCACCUUGCAGUCUCAGUGGGAAGACGGCGGCUGGAUAGCGCUUGCCGCCCCUUAGGUUAUCCCAGCAGCAUCUGCGCACCCCGCAUCCUCCGUAGUUCCGCCCUAUCCUUGUCCUCCUUGGCUGGGGCGCCCACCGGCGGUCUGAUAGGCUCCAUCGCGGCAUGAGAUGAAGCUGUGACAGGUUUGAAAACACAAUGGCAGGAAACAGCCUUGUUCUACCCAUUGUUCUUUGGGGCCGAAAAGCGCCCACACAUUGCAUCUCAGCUGUGCUUUUAACAGAUGAUGGGGCCACAAUCGUAACAGGAUGCCACGAUGGACAAAUAUGUCUCUGGGAUCUUUCAGUAGAACUGGAAAUUAAUCCUCGAGCACUUUUGUUUGGUCAUACAGCGUCAAUCACUUGUUUGUCGAAAGCUUGUGCUUCCAGUGACAAACAGUAUAUUGUGAGUGCGUCUGAAAGUGGAGAGAUGUGCCUCUGGGAUGUAAGUGAUGGCAGAUGUAUUGAAUUUACAAAAUUAGCUUGCACACAUACUGGCAUACAGUUCUACCAGUUCUCUGUUGGGAAUCAGCGAGAAGGAAGGCUUUUAUGCCAUGGACAUUACCCUGAAAUCCUUGUUGUGGAUUCUACCAGCCUUGAAGUAUUAUACUCCUUAGUAUCAAAGAUAUCACCAGACUGGAUUAGCUCCAUGAGUAUUAUUCGAUCCCACCGAACACAAGAGGACACGGUGGUAGCACUCUCAGUGACUGGCAUCCUGAAGGUCUGGAUCGUUACCUCGGAAAUAAGUGACUUGCAGGAUACGGAACCAAUAUUUGAGGAGGAAUCCAAACCCAUUUAUUGUCAGAAUUGCCAAAGCAUCUCUUUUUGUGCAUUUACACAAAGGUCACUUUUGGUUGUGUGUUCCAAAUAUUGGAGGGUGUUCGAUGCUGGAGACUAUUCCUUGUUGUGUUCAGGUCCUAGUGAAAAUGGACAGACAUGGACUGGCGGGGACUUUGUCUCAGCAGAUAAAGUCAUCAUUUGGACAGAAAAUGGGCAAAGUUAUAUUUACAAACUACCUGCCAGUUGCCUUCCAGCCAGUGAUUCAUUCCGCAGUGAUGUGGGGAAAGCAGUUGAAAAUUUGAUUCCUCCUGUACAACAUAACCUCUUGGAUCGAAAAGAUAAAGAGUUGCUAAUUUGUCCUCCUGUUACUCGGUUCUUCUAUGGAUGCAGAGAAUAUUUCCAUAAACUAUUAAUUCAGGGUGAUUCUUCUGGGAGGUUGAAUAUUUGGAACAUAUCAGACACAGCUGAUAAACAGGAAAGAGAAGAAGGGCUGGCAAUGACAACUUCUGUUAGUUUGCAAGAGGCAUUUGAUAAACUGAAUCCUUGUCCUGCUGGAAUUAUAGAUCAACUGAGUGUGAUUCCCAAUAGCAAUGAACCUCUUAAAGUAACUGCAAGUGUGUACAUACCAGCACAUGGAAGACUUGUUUGUGGCCGUGAAGAUGGAAGCAUAGUUAUUGUACCUGCCACACAGACGGCCAUAGUGCAGCUGUUGCAAGGGGAACACAUGCUCAGAAGAGGUUGGCCACCUCACAGAACACUCCGUGGUCAUCGGAACAAAGUCACAUGUUUGCUAUAUCCUCAUCAGGUCUCAGCUCGGUAUGAUCAAAGAUACCUGAUAUCUGGAGGUGUGGAUUUUUCGGUCAUAAUUUGGGACAUAUUUUCUGGAGAAAUGAAACACAUCUUCUGUGUUCAUGGUGGUGAGAUUACUCAACUUCUAGUUCCACCUGAAAACUGUAGUGCAAGAGUACAGCACUGCAUCUGCUCUGUAGCCAGUGACCACUCAGUAGGACUUCUAAGUUUGCGAGAGAAAAAAUGCAUAAUGUUGGCAUCUCGUCACCUUUUUCCUAUUCAAGUAAUCAAAUGGAGGCCUUCUGAUGAUUAUCUGGUAGUGGGGUGUUCAGAUGGUUCUGUGUACGUCUGGCAAAUGGAUACUGGUGCAUUGGAUCGUUGUGUGAUGGGGAUAACAGCAGUUGAAAUUCUAAAUGCUUGUGAUGAAGCUGUUCCUGCUGCUGUCGAUUCACUUAGUCAUCCGGCAGUCAACCUGAAACAAGCUAUGACAAGACGUAGUCUUGCUGCUCUUAAAAAUAUGGCCCAUCAUAAGCUACAAACCCUUGCAACUAACCUCUUGGCUUCUGAGGCAUCUGACAAGGGAAAUUUACCUAAAUAUUCUCAUAACUCCCUGAUGGUUCAAGCAAUAAAGACAAACCUAACAGACCCGGACAUACAUGUGCUAUUCUUUGAUGUGGAAGCGUUGAUUAUUCAACUCCUGACUGAAGAAGCCUCUAGGCCGAAUACUGCGCUUAUUUCCCCAGAGAAUUUGCAAAAAGCAUCUGGCAGUUCAGACAAAGGGGGCUCUUUUUUAACUGGAAAACGGGCAGCAGUUCUCUUCCAACAAGUGAAAGAAACGAUCAAAGAGAACAUCAAGGAACACCUCCUUGAUGAUGAAGAGGAGGAUGAGGAGAUAAUGAGGCAGAGAAGGGAAGAAAGUGAUCCUGAAUAUCGGUCCAGCAAAUCAAAGCCAUUGACCCUAUUAGAAUAUAAUUUAACUAUGGACACUGCAAAGCUGUUUAUGUCCUGCCUUCACGCCUGGGGUUUGAAUGAAGUACUGGAUGAAGUUUGCCUGGAUCGCCUUGGAAUGCUGAAACCCCACUGCACAGUAUCGUUUGGUCUCUUGUCAAGAGGAGGCCAUAUGUCACUGAUGCUGCCGGGUUAUAAUCAGCCUGCUUGUAAACUGUCACACGGGAAAUCAGAAGUGGGAAGGAAGCUGCCAGCGACUGAGGGAGUAGGAAAGGGAACUUACGGAGUGUCCCGUGCUGUCACCACACAGCAUCUCCUGUCUAUCAUUUCUUUGGCAAAUACUUUAAUGAGUAUGACCAAUGCAACUUUUAUUGGUGAUCAUAUGAAGAAGGGUCCUACCAGGCCACCUAGACCAAGCACCCCAGACCUUUCUAAGGCAAGGGGUUCCCCUCCAACUUCCAGUAAUAUUGUGCAAGGACAGAUUAAACAAGGUUGGAGUCAGUUAGCUGCUAUGCACUGUGUUAUGCUGCCAGACCUACUGGGACUGGAUAAAUUUAGGCCUCCCCUUCUGGAGAUGCUGGCCCGAAGAUGGCAAGAUCGAUGCUUGGAGGUAAGAGAAGCCGCGCAGGCCCUGCUUCUGGCGGAACUGAGAAGAAUUGAGCAGGCAGGCAGGAAGGAAGCCAUCGAUGCCUGGGCUCCUUACUUACCUCAGUACAUAGACCACGUCAUAUCACCUGGAGUCACGUCAGAAGCCAUGCAGACUAUCACCACGGCUCCUGAUGCCUCUGGGCCUGAAGCCAAAGUCCAGGAGGAAGAACAUGACCUUGUUGAUGAUGACAUCACCACUGGUUGCUUAUCAAGUGUCCCACAAAUGAAAAAAAUUUCUACAUCUUAUGAGGAAAGACGGAAGCAAGCUACUGCUAUUGUUUUACUUGGAGUAAUAGGAGCUGAAUUUGGUGCUGAAAUUGAACCUCCUAAACUAUUGACCAGACCUCGAAGCUCUAGCCAAAUUCCUGAGGGAUUCGGAUUGACUAGUGGUGGAUCCAACUACUCGCUGGCCAGACAUACUUGCAAGGCACUGACGUUUCUUCUGCUACAGCCUCCAAGCCCCAAACUUCCUCCACACAGCACUAUCCGAAGAACAGCCAUUGAUCUGAUUGGACGCGGGUUCACCGUUUGGGAACCUUACAUGGAUGUCUCCGCUGUUCUGAUGGGGCUUCUGGAACUUUGUGCCGAUGCCGAGAAACAACUUGCCAACAUCACAAUGGGGCUGCCUCUGAGCCCAGCAGCUGACUCGGCCCGCUCUGCGAGGCAUGCCCUCUCGCUCAUUGCCACCGCCAGACCACCCGCCUUCAUCACCACCAUAGCCAAAGAGGUACACAGACAUACGGCCCUUGCAGCAAAUACCCAAUCACAGCAGAAUAUGCACACAACAACUCUUGCACGAGCUAAAGGGGAGAUUCUGAGAGUCAUUGAAAUUCUUAUUGAAAAGAUGCCCACAGAUGUUGUGGAUCUCCUUGUGGAGGUUAUGGAUAUCAUUAUGUACUGCCUUGAAGGAUCUUUAGUUAAAAAGAAAGGUCUUCAAGAAUGUUUCCCAGCCAUCUGCAGGUUCUACAUGGUCAGCUAUUAUGAGCGGAAUCACAGAAUAGCAGUUGGAGCUCGCCAUGGUUCAGUGGCCCUGUACGACAUCCGGACUGGAAAAUGUCAGACAAUCCAUGGACACAAGGGACCAAUCACUGCAGUGGCUUUUGCUCCUGAUGGAAGAUACCUUGCCACCUACUCAAACACUGACAGCCACAUUUCUUUUUGGCAGAUGAACACGUCACUGCUGGGAAGCAUCGGCAUGCUGAACUCGGCACCUCAGCUGCGCUGCAUUAAAACCUACCAGGUGCCGCCUGUGCAGCCCGCGUCCCCCGGCUCCCACAACUCCCUCAAGCUGGCCCGGCUCAUCUGGACUUCCAACCGCAACGUCAUCCUCAUGGCCCAUGAUGGGAAGGAGCACCGCUUCAUGGUCUAAUGCUGCUGCCUGCCGCCGUGACUGCGUUUUUGUUCUCUAAAUUCUCCAAGCCGAUGUUGCUCUGUCCUUCCUCCCACCAGAUUGUUCCCAGGGGCCUGCCCACCCCAGUGCCGUCCAGGGGUGCGGCCAGGUCUUGUCACUUGUGCAUGCUUCUCAGGGGCAGACCCCGCUAGUGCCAUCUGUCGAUUCAGAGGCACGCACAUACGCUCCGCAGGAUGUGGCCAUCCUGUCACCAGGUAGUUUUUUCCUGCCAGAGAUGGGAGCCGAAAGCCAGCGGUUCUUGGGAACGCUCUUGUUGCUUGGUGCACCAGAAGCACAAAAAUCAAUAAACACUGUGAUUGCACUCCCAGCCCAGAUCAGCAUUUUAGUCAUCUCAACCCCACCUCUGAAGUGCUGCUUGAAUCUGGCCGUUCUGACCCUGGGUGUUGAGGUCAUGUGGUGUAGUCCUCAUGAUUGAAAUGAUUGCCCUUUGAAUUUCCUAAAAUAUUGUUUACCAAAAAGAUUCUGUGUUUACAUGUUCUUUUCUUCUGGUGAGUGCUAGGAAAUUACUCAAUCCAAUUUCCUAGGGUUUAGCUACCACCUUCUUUAUCAACAGCUAACCAGUUUGAGAUUCAUGAGAAAUUAUAUACACACACAAAAAUAUUUUUCUUGUAGAAAAUAGUUUUCCAGACACUUAGCCUUCCGAAGUGCUCAUCUCUUGCUUAAAUGAUAGUGUAUUUAGUAAUUUAAAAUAAAAAUAAUCACUCCUUAUGAUCUAGUUAAUGUAAUUAUCCAGUCACUGUAACUAAUCUCUUGAAGGGACUUUUGUGAUAAAGAGCCAAGUUCGGAAGCAUAGCGUGUACCGGAAAUGAAGACUCCCCUACCCACUGCUACAGAUCCUGUUGAAGAAAGAGCUUACCCCUUUCCCCCGGAAACCUCACAAUCCUGUAGUUCCCAUAUGUGUGGCAAAUGUCAGUUAUGAAAUUAUUAUAAUUCAGCCUUCAAACUACUACUGAUCAACUAAAGGAAAGCUAAUAAGGUAUUUCUUUUAAACAAGUAUUCUGGAAAAGUAAUAACUAUGGCACAAAUGUUCAGGAGUGUAUAUAACAAUGUGUGGGCUCUCAGUUAAUUUAUUUGAGCAGACAUUGCAAUGAGGGUAUUCAUUAUGCUUCUAAGUAAGCUUUAACUAUAUCACUUUCUUCUUACAUCAGAUUGUCUGGUUCUAGCUCAUAAUAAUGAAAUAAUAGAAUAAUAUUUUGUAUGAACUGUUUCUAACAAACCUUGAUCUGUAUAUAUUUGUGGGGGGUUGUUUGGUUGCCUAAUUGUUGAUUGGUCGGUUCGUUGGGCAAAAUCAUUUAUUAAAUGCAAAAAUAGAAAAUUACUUGUUAAAUUCAGAGAAAAUAUGUGAAGUUUACAAAGGAACCAAAAUGAUAAUGAAAGAAUUUAGUCUUAAAAGUUUAGGUUGUAAGAGUUUAUCUAAUAUACAAAAAUGUAGGAUCAAGGUCUAGGAACAAACAUAGGUUAUUUCACUGAAACAGAUUUUUAAAGAACAUAUUAAGAAAUUAAGACCACUAGAACAUCUCUUUCAUAUUGAUAUGAUGUUAUUCCCAUUGAUGGCAAAUCUAUACUGUUCCUUGGUUUUAGAGUUGGGUAUUCUUUCAAAAGUGAAUUUAGGCACAUGCAUGUACAUUGUAUUUAUAAAGAUUAUAUAUGUAGUUUCCAAGGAAGAAACAAAGACCUAUACAGUGUAGACUUUAUUUGUUUGGUGAACGUGCUGUUGUGUUUGGUAUAGCUAGAGAAAUGUAAGGUAAACUAAAAGGCUCACUUUGUUUUCCAGUGGGCCCACAGUCUUCUCUAUACCCAACAUAUGUUUACUUUAUGAACUUAAAUGGAAAUUAAUUUAUUGUAGACUGCAUCUCUAUUUGGAAUGAUGAGGUAAAUGUAUACCUUAGCAUUUUGUUUAACAAAAAUGUUCUGUGUAUCAAGAAAGAGGUGUGGGAGCGGUAGGCAGCCUGCCGCCAACACACAGAUGGCUCCCACCACUACGAAGGUUGAGAGCAAAGCCAGGAGGCCCAGAGGAGCAAUAGCCCUGGGCCACGAGUGUGGGUCGGCCUUUCAAGUGUUCUGUAUGCACAGACAACCAAGGCCAGUAGAAAGCUAUGGCUGCAAAACCCUGGGGUGGAUGAUGUUUGAUGAUUAGAUGGUCAUCUCUAACUACUAAAUAUCUGCAUUCUUGUUAACAUAAAUCUCUCCUUGGCUAUUUUAAUAGCCACAGUCCCAAACUUCAUCCCAGCUUAGAUUUCUCAGCACUGAGGUCAACUCUGCAGUUUCAUCCCAGCGUACACCUUUAAUGUUUUAUUGAUUUCAUUGGCACUGUAUUUGGACCUGUCCUUGUAUAUGUAGAGACAUAUGUGGCUUCAUUGGUAAUUUACAAGCAAAAGAUGACAUGACGUGACACCUGUAUGAAAAUGUGAUGAUUGAACUCCCUGUGUAUAGUGAGUGAAUUAAAAUGUCUGCCUCUCCAGACAUUUCUUAAUGAUUCCACUUAAUAGAUUCUAUGUAUGCUGAAUGUUCCUGUGUACAUAUGUGUGUUAAAUAAAACAAUUGUAUUGAAAA